UUCUCUGCUGCAGGGAUCUGUCCAGGAGCAGAGCUAGACAGCGGCAAUACACAGUAGUACAGAACCGAACAGAACAGAACCGCACAGACGCAGGGCUCCAGCUAUAAGCAGCCCAGAGAGGACCAGGCAACAGAGAGAGAGAGAGAUUGAGAGAGAGGUAUAUAAAGAUAGAGAACCCGCUGUCCACAGAGCCCUCAAGAGGAACACCCCAGAGACUGAGGGAGAGAGAGGGGUGAUCAAAAAGACAGAAACACAGAGGGGAGGAGAGAGGAGAGGACACAGGAGAGAGGAGAGGACACAGGAGAGAGGAGAGGACACAGGAGAGAGGAGUGGACACGGCAUCUCCACGGACACAGGGAACUUUCUGCAGCGCACGAAUCUCUCUACGAUGGUCUGCAUUCUACGCCUUCCUGAGCCACUCAAUUAUUAAUCUUUCCCUUCUCAUCUGAUGUUGAAACAUAACUUUUCCUUUUAAAAGUCUGAGAGACCGACGUCUGGUUUUCCCCAUGAGAAUUCUCUAAAUGGGACUUUGAAAUCUCUACUCUAAGGGCCUCAUCAAGAAGAUAUGUGUUUUCACACUGGAUAAUUUUAAAGGGAGUGGGUGAGGAGGACAGUGGCAGAUCAGCUCCAGUGAGGCUCCAGUGGUCACGUCGGCCAGUCUCUGUCAGGAUGGCUGGCUGUACCUGCCGCUGCAGACAGGGGGUGCUGAAGUUCAUUCAGUCUCUACGCAGACUUGUCUCUGGGACGCUUACCAAAGACAAGAUUGAUGAUGAGUUGGAGAUGACCAUGGUGUGUCACAGGCCAGAGGGUCUGGAGCAGUUGGAGGCCCAGACCAACUUCACCAAGAGAGAGCUACAGAUCCUCUACCGAGGCUUCAAGAAUGAGUGCCCGAGUGGAGUGGUGAAUGAAGAAACAUUUAAACACAUCUACGCCCAGUUCUUCCCCCACGGAGGUACAGUAAACCAGACACCGCUCAUUUCGACACAUAACAUGGCCUUUUCUUGUUUGCGACUCAUUUACAAGCACUCUGGGAUAAAAGCAAACCUCAUGCACGUAUCUGGUUGUGUUGCAGAUGCCAGCACUUACGCUCAUUACCUCUUCAAUGCGUUCGACACGACAAGCAAUGGAUCCAUCAAGUUUGAAGAGUUUGUAAUGGGACUGUCUACACUGCUGCGGGGCACUCUGAGAGACAAGCUGGAGUGGACUUUUCAUCUGUAUGACAUCAACAACGAUGGUUACAUUAACCGAGAGGAGAUGACUGAGAUAGUGAGGGCCAUUUACGACAUGAUGGGGAAAUAUACCUACCCUGCACUCAAGGGAGAUGUCCCGAAGCAGCAUGUGGAUGCUUUCUUCCAGAAAAUGGAUAAAAACAAAAAUGGAGUUGUGACUUUAGAGGAAUUCAUUGUCGCAUGCCAGGAGGAUGAAAUGAUGAUGAGAUCCAUGCAGCUCUUCGAAAAUGUGAUGUAAAAAGGGAGCCGGGCGGAAGGAAGGAGAGAGAGCGUGUUGAAAACAAAUCGAGAGAGAAUUCUGCGUGUGUGUGCUUCAGUCCGUGCGCUCCUGUGCGUACGUCCGAGCACGCGUUUUGUUUAUCUGUGUGUGUGUCAGAGUGGAUGAAUGUGUAUGUAUGUCUAUCUCUCUCAUCCUCUCAUCUAACUUGUCAGCGUCCAUGUGUUUGCCAAAUAAUGUCUCUGCCUAGCUCCAUGCUGUUCUAUGGAUCAGAUGAAGCCAGAACCGCCCAAAUGACCAGAUGAGAGCAACAAGCUCUCACAGUCUCACUGCAGAAUUAGACAUUCAUCCACGUUCUCAAAACGUCAAAUUUCUAAGUGUUUUUGUUGCUCAUGCUGCUCUGUAUCGUUCCAUUUCUCCAAACAUCAAAUUUAGAAGUUACGGGUUAAGUUUAGGCACUCAUUCUGAAUGGUUAAGGUAAGGGUUAAGGUUUGGAAUAGGGUUCAAAUUAAAAAUGAAAAAACCUAUAUCCACGACUGUGAUCAAACACGCAACCUUCUGAGUCACGGGAUUUACCCAAGCCUACUUGAUGGUAAUAGCGCUCCCUGUUGCCCCUAGCGGCCAGUUUUGAAGGCAUUUCCUAACGUCCUCAAGUCAAAUUUCCACGUCAAUCUUGAACGACCUGGCUGCUGAGAGACCCCUGGACUUGAUUGUCAUAUUGCUGAGCCCGGGAGCAUGCAGGUGAAUUAUCUGGAUAAUGCUUCCUGCCUUUUUAUGUGACAUGAAGGUUUGUAAAUCAGAUGAUCAUACAACACAGACUGAAGUGUGAAACAGCUGAGAAAUCUCAAACCUAUACGCUGCUCCCCGCUUAAUAUGUGGAAACCCUACCUCCGGAAACUACACUGGGCUACUUUGGGUUCUUUUGACUUUGUUCUUUUUGCCAAAAUAGAUGCAUGCUUGACCCAGAGGGAUCCCUCCCAUAGAAAUAGAAUCGUGAUUCUACUCUAUGCACCCGACCAUCCGUGUGCUUGACCGGGACAUGGACCUUUAAUAACCUCUUGACCUCUGUAUUUAACUCAUGCGUCCAGUGAAUGAUUUAUGUACCAAUAUGAUCUACUUAUCUACUUGUUUAUUAACGUGUUUAUGCUGUAAAAUAUGAGGUUGUCCGAAUGUAUUAUUUGUUGGUUUUAAGUGUCAGAUGUCGUGUCCGUUUUACUAUUGUCGUGGUGACCUCCGUACCUCUGUGUUGGCUUUGCUGUCGCUCUCCCGUCUAUUCCUGUAGUUGUCUGUCUGUCCCUGACAGAUGCCUGUUAUAAUGUGUGCUUACAAAUACACCCAAUAGACUUGGUUUAUGACUAUGAUGAUACAUAAUCUUGUAUGUUGGCUGAAUCUAACUAAUGAUGGGAAAUGACCAUCUGCGUAAUGCAAUGUGAAUGGUGUGACUUAUCUGUUGAAGUGUGCAUUUACAGUAUAUAUGUGUCUAAACCCAUUGAGGAAAACAGAAAUGUGAACUAAGUAUUAUUAUGGAGUGAGGGAAUGUGUCAGUAAAACAAAGGUAUGGAAAGACACUGAGACACAGUAGUUAGCUAUAAAAAAAUAUACAAAAUUAUCACAGACCAACGCCACCACUCUAAUGUCGAACAAUUAUUUUUUUUCUUCAAGGAAUUACUCAUUUGUGUCGACUUUGUCGGUUCCCCCUCAGUGUGUAAGAUGGUAAAUAUAUUGAAUUAGUUUAGCUCCGGGUUUCAAAAGGGCAAAACAAUAUGAAUACAAAAUGUAAGCAACAGGUGCACCUCAUACAAAACUCUAUCUCAGACUGGGACCGAUGGAAAGAUUUAGAUUGGAGAGAGUUUCAGCUUUCAUGUUAUGUUGUACAGUGCAAAUGCUAUCAAUAAAAUGUUUUAGAGAAUA